AUGAAUGUGCUGUGUGUUAUGGCUGCGUUACUCUUUAAUCUCUGUCUGUCUGAGGCCAAAAUCUCAGAGUACCAGCUGGAGUCGGAGGCUCGGAGCCAGUGUGAGCUGCUUAGGGGGGUCGGGGCUGCCCAAGAAAACGUCCAUGUUCCCCAGUGUUCAGAGGACGGGCGCUUCAGGCAUGUGCAGUGCAGUCGUGCUGGUGCUGAGUGCUGGUGCGUGAAUGCAGAGGGCAUUGAGAUUCCUGGCAGCCGACAGAACGACUCCAGCGUCAACUGUUUGACCUCCUGCCAGCUCCACAGGCUCCAGGCCCUGCAGAGUGGAACUACGGGACUGGUACCUCAGUGUUCAGACACAGGUGAGUACCAGCCUGUGCAGUGUGACAAGACCCUGGGCCAGUGCUGGUGCGUGGACAUGGAAGGCAUGGAAGUGUACGGAACCAGACAGAAUGGAAAGCCCUCUAAAUGUCCGGGUAUCUGUGAAGUGAGAGAACGCAGACUCCUCCACGGAGUGGGAGAACCCUCUCCCCCUCAGUGCUCAGACGAUGGAAACUUUCUCCCAGUGCAGUGCAAGUUCGUCAACACCACAGACAUGAUGGUCUUUGACCUUCUUCACACCUUCAACAGAAUGCCAGAGGUGUUCCAGACAUUCAGCGGCUUCAGAAAGACCUUUCCAGAACUCUCCAGCUACUGCUUCUGUGCAGACAGUCGUGGUAGAGAGUUAUCAAGCACAGGUGUGGAGCUGCUGCUGGAUGAAGUGUAUGAUACUGCAUUCUCUGGACUGGGUCCAGGACGCAAUUUUGCCCAAUCCAACAUGUACAGGAUCCUACAGAGAAGAUUCCUGGCAGUCCAUCUGGCCAUGACAGGGAGAUUUAGAUGUCCAACACCUUGUGAAAGUGAGCGAUCUGCUAGUUCCCAAGCUGGCAAUGUCUAUGUGCCCUCUUGCGAUGCCAACGGAGCUUACGUGCCGACACAAUGCCAGGCUGGAGGCCAGUGCUGGUGUGUUGACUCUAAUGGGAAAGAGAUCUUCGGAACACGACAGCAUGGAGUCCCGGACUGCAGCACCGGAGUGAAAGACUGCCCCUCUGAGAGAAGACAAGCCCUCUCUAGACUCUUUUAUGGCCCGGCUAGCCAAGUCAGCCAGAACGAUUUGUUCUCAGUCAGUCAUGCGGACCAACAGAGCAGUCCUUCUCGGCUGUCUCUGUGCAGGCCUGAAUUCCAGGAGCUGUUUGCCAAAUCUGGCCUUCUCCGGGCAUUGCCAGAGUCCGAGCGUUCGGAUGUGGGUGACAUUCUGGCUGAGAUUGUCCAGGGCAUGUUCCCCUCUGGAAACCUGGCUCUGAAGGCCAUCUCCCUUGCCCCCAACCCCAAGAGACUCCAGGAGAACCUCUUUGGCGGAAAAUUCUUGAAGAAUGCCGGCAAUUUCAAUUUCACCGGCGCCAUCGGUUCCAGAGGCACGUUAAGCUUCGGUCAAGCUUUCAGCCAGGUGGGUCUAUCGGAGACCGGUGGAGAUCUAGUGCAGUUAGCCAAGAUCUUCUCAUCUGACCCCGAUAGUGUCAAUUUGAACCAGGAGAUCUUGGAUGCAUUCAACCGCACCGUUAAUUUAAAGAGCAACCAAGACCUUGUCAAGCUUGUCGGCAUGACUCUUGAAGACGAGAACUUUCUCACCACGUUAAGAGAGGCCAUUACUCUACUGAAAGCAGAGGACAGCACACUGCUGGGUUCCCUCUUCCGUGCUGUGUUCCGGAAUUCGGGUAUUUGUAAAACUGCGGAUUCCUCUUCCGGCUUGUACGUGCCCCAGUGCGAUGAAAAUGGACAGUAUGAAGAGGUUCAGUGCCAAGGGUCGGAAUGCUGGUGUGUGGAUUCUCGGGGCCUGGAAAUCACGGGGACUCGAUCCAGAGGUUCUAGACCUAGAUGCCCGUCCCAGUGUGAAAAGGAGCGAAAGAUGGCCAUUGCAGUCAAAGCUAGUAGAUCUGCAGGCUCUGAAGUCUUCAUCCCCAAAUGUGAACAGGAUGGUGACUAUGUGGCCCUGCAGUGCCUGGGGAAAAGCUGCUUCUGCAUGGAUCGCAAUGGAGUGAGACACAACAUAUUGCCCUCUGGAGCUAAUUUACAAUGUCCAACUGAUUGCCAGGUCACAGCGGCACAGCAUUUCCUGUCCACGGUCCAGUCUGUGCUGUCCAAUCCAGCCUCUGUGUCUAAGCUCUCUGAUAUUUAUGUCCCUCGCUGUACUCCGGAUGGAAGCUGGUACCAGGUCCAGUGUGAUGGCCCUCCAGAGCAAGCCUUUGAGUUCUACCAGGAAUGGAUCAGAGUGAACAGUGCCGGGAAAGAUUUGCCCGUGUCGGUAAUCCUUGGAACGCUCCGCGAGUACAGGAACAAUCCCGAGGCGAUGGCAUCAUUCAGCGGCUUCCUCUCUGCCUUAUUCCAAGCUGAACACUAUAAAGUGUUCCCAGCUCUUGCCAGAUUUGAGGCGUUCUCUGACCUUCCAUCAGAGGUCGUACGAGGGGAUGCUGAUGCGAUCUUUGGGCCCUCUGUCUUCCUGAAUCCUCUGUCCCUUUGGAGACUGCUUCGUGGGGAUAGCCAGUAUCCUGGCCCACUAUCUGACUUCAGUGCCCCUUUGAGUCACUUUAACCUACGCCAGUGCUGGUGUGUCAGUCAGCAAGGAGACAUGAUAAUGGACACCAAGGCUUCGGUCGAUCAGAUUCCAAAAUGCCCAGGUCCUUGUUCUGUUGUGGACCGUCAGGUUGCCCAGUUUGUGCAGAAUGCAGAGGAGUUGAUCUCGAUUUCUAACAGUUCUCAUAUUCCUGUGGGCUAUGGUUACCUUCUGGCUGAGAGUGUACGUCUGUCCCCAGAGGAGCUAGAACAGGCCAUGUCCACAGAACUAAAGAUCUCAGAGAACCUCCUGGGUAGCACUGACUCUGCCCUGCGCCUUGCUGCUCACUCCACCCUUCAUUUCUACUGGCAGAGCAAACUAAUGAACAGUGCAAAGGGGAGACAGAGCUUACUCCUGGGUUAUCAGCCUUACCGUCCACAGUGUGAUGCAUAUGGACAGUGGUUCCCAACCCAGUGCUACCCUAGCACAGGUCAGUGCUGGUGUGUUGAUGAAGAGGGAGAUUACAUAGAAGGAUCCCUGACCACCCGUUCCACCCGGAAUCCACAAUGCCAAACCAAGUGCCAGAGGGCCCAUGUUCACUUCCUGCUCUCUGACUUGACUCAGUCAGCCUCUGACAUCACUUCCACAUAUGCCCCAUCUUGCGAAGAGGACGGAGAGUUCUCUGUGUUACAGAGAGCUGACGGUUCUGCAGCCUUGUGUGUAAACCCAGUCACAGGAGGUGUUAUCCAACCUGCUCUUCCCAGCCCAACUGGAGAUUUACAGUGCCCAGGCUGGUGCGAACUCCAGAAGGGUCUGGCUGUGCGGAGGGAGGCAGGGACAGGGUACGAGGCCCAGUGUGAACGGGAGGGAGAGACCUUCUCCCCUACCCAGUGUGACCAGAGUGACUGUUGGUGUGUGUCUGAGAAGGGACAGGAGCUGCCAGGGACCAGGACGCCACGAAGCGCGGGAAAGACGCCUGCCUGUGACCGUCUCCAGUGUCCACUUCCUUUUGGUGUCUCUCUCACCCACGGUGACGUUCUUUGUGACACUUCGAGUGCGGGCGGUCAGCAGAGACAACGGUGUCAAGUCACUUGCGACCUUGGCUAUGUCGACACCCUUCCUGUCGGCAACUUCAUCUGUGACACAGAUACUAAGACCUGGCUAACGGAGGCUCCCCACUCUCUCGCCUGCCAAAGACCUCAGGCACUGCAGACGGUGCAGUCAUCCUUAGUGCUGGAGUUAUCUCUGGCUGAGGAGCAGCAGGUUUGUUCCACUCAGAGUUCAGCUCUUCAGGCUUCUCUGCUCCAGGACAUGAGAGCCAGGGGCCUCUGUAACUUACAGUUGCCCUUAUCUAGUACCAUUUCUGUGUGUGAUGAGUCAUCGGUAUCAGUGGAGUGUGUUAGUGAUAAGGGUGUGAGGGCACACGUCACUUUCAAGGCCAGCCUGUCAAACCUGCCAGUCACAGCUCUGCCUGAUCUUCAUGACAUUGAUGUGGCAUUCAGUGUCGACAAGAUGCUGGAUAAGGUAAUGGAGCUGAUUGGGAGUGGACCCUAUCAGUCAGUCUUCCAGUCCGAAAGCACCACGGUUCUCUCCUCUGCCCCUGCAUUUGGCUGCACAGCUGGGUAUCAGCACCUCCCAGACAGCACUGGGUGUGCGGUUUGUCCCGCGGGUUCGUACUCUGCUGGUGGUCUGUGCUCUCGGUGUCCUCGUGGGACAUACCAGGCUUUGCCAGGCCAGGUCUCCUGCCUCAUGUGCCCUGCAGGCCGCUCUACCGCUGCACCGGGGGCUUUCAGCUCCACACACUGUGUGACAGAAUGUCAGCAAAGUGAGCUGAAAUGCACCGAAAGAGGAGACUUCCUGUCUGCUCAGCAGGACUUCCUGUCUGGAAAAUGGUCUUGCGUCAGUCCAGAGGGUGAGAAACUGUCAUGGACGUCAGCUGAAGAACCAGUCACAGAGGAGCAAUGCAAAGUGUUGGAGAAGUUUGAAGCCGUGUCUGGUUCUGGUCUGAUACUCCAGGCUAACGACACUGUUGUGCUUAGCUCUGAGGCCUCAGAUCUACCUCUGGAGAUUCAGCUCAGGAAGUGUGUGUCUGAUUGUGCCCAGAAUGACUCGUGCCAACAUGUAGCUGUGUACAGUGAAGGAGAUAAAACUCAGUGUGACCUCUACAGCACAGACGCAGUCAAUGUUGAAUGCAUGGCCUCCGAGCAAAAUAAAGGGUUUCUGGGAAAUGCAGGUGCUGAUACAUUCCAGACUCUGAGUUGCAAACUCAAAGUGAAAGAGGGAGACAGACCAGGGCUGACAGUGCUCAGAAAGAAAGGCCACGAGUUUGACACGGCAGGACUGAAAACCUUUGAGAGGCUGAAUUUCCGUAAGGCGGGUUCUGGCGUGUACCGGACCCUUGUGUUCGAGUCCCGCGGCGCUGCCCUGGCCGACGUGCAUCGUUUCUGUGUUAGUACAUGCAGUCAGGAGGACUGCUGCGACGGGUUCAUUCUCAACCAGAACGUCCUCAAUGGAGGGUCUUUCAUGUGUGGUCUUCUAAGCCAGCCGGACCUGCUGGCGUGCAGUGAGGCAGAUUGGGACGUCAGUGGAGUGGCUGAGUCCAGCCGCAUUUGCGGAGCUGGAGUUAAAUACAACAAACAGCAGAAACGCUUCACUUUCAGCUUCGGCGGCCAGAAUUUUACCAUCACUGACGCCGCUUUGCCAACUUCCAGCAAAAACAAAACUGAUUAUCAAGCCACAAUCAUCGGCUUCCAGCGCAUCUACCUCUGGAAAGAAACAGAUAUGAACACCCGGCCAAAGACAUCUUCAGCAUGUGGAAGCCCUGGCCUGGAGGAAGUUCCCAGAGCUCCCCUGUCAGACACAGUGAAGGAGAGGUUCAACAUCCUGGACAGUAGUGAAGUUAAGGUUGAUUCUGACAGAGAUGUUCAAAGCCAACGAUACCGGCUCUUCAAACACCAGUUUACAUCCCAGGAGGCCCAGCUGUGGUGCCUAAGACGAUGUGAGGAAGAGGAGCUGUGCCAUGUGGCUGACGUGCGUGAUGAAAGCGGCGUGUAUUUCACCUGUGUGUUGUAUCCUGACUCACGUGUGUGCGGAGCAUAUGAUAAACCUCUGAGACAGGCUUGCAGUUUGAUACUGCCCCAUGAACCUCAAACAGCCUUCCAGAAGAAAGUUUCUCUGUUGGGCAGCGUGGAAAGCUUCUACAGCCGUGUCCCAUUUAAGAAGAUGGUGUCCUAUUCGGUCCGCAGCCGCAUCACUCUGUCGUCCAAGCCCAUCACCGAAGGGUUUUUUGAAUGUGAACGUCGCUGUGAUGAGGACCCCUGCUGUAGAGGAAUUGGAUAUGUCAAAGACACCGGCUCUCCUGAUAUACUAUGUCUGACACUCAACAGUCUGGGAAUUCAGACCUGUGGAGAAGAUGAUAGGACCAGCUGGAGAGUACAGGACUGCUCACCGUCCAAAGUCCAGACUGGGGUGUAUCCAUUCGGCUGGUAUGAGAAGCCAGUGAAUCAGUGGACAAAGAGCCCUGGUGUCUGUCCCCCUUUUGGUCUACGGGCUCCAUCAAAGACCGUGAAUAUAGAAGACUGGAAAGUUCUAGAAUCAUCCUCUGUCCUGGUAGAUUCAGCCAUCUCCAAGUUUGACAUAGUGCACAUAAGCAAAGACAUAGCAGAGGACCUGGACAAAGUCAGAGACUGGUGUCUUGCUGCCUGUGAAGAGGGUGAGUCAUGCUCAGUGGUGUCGGUGGACAGUAGAGAGUCAGCAGUGCGCUGUGUUCUCUACCCCAACACACACACCUGCGUCCCCACCAGCGCUGGCCAGGACUGCCGACUCCACGUCCGAGAAUCAGCUCAACAUAUUUUCCUCAGGAAGAGUGCACGGUCGGCGUUGACCUCCGUGUCUAUUCCGGGUCGCGGUACUCUGCUCGGAGAAGCGAAAGUAAGACAGAUUGGGUCUGACAGCCGGACUGUCAGCCAGUUCCUGGGUGUGCCUUAUGCUCGUCCACCAACAGGAGAGCUCCGUUUCAGCCCACCACAGCCCGCUGAAUGGAGUGGCACCUGGAAUGCCACAUUCGCACGACCCAGCUGUCUACAGCCAGGAGAUCUCGGUGACUCCAGUGCCAGUGAGGACUGUCUAUACUUGAACAUUUUUGUGCCCAACAACAUCAACGGCAAGGCCCCAGUCCUUGUGUUCUUCCAUAACCCUGCGUCAGGACUCUUAGAUGGCUCCUACCUUGCUGCUGUCGGCAACAUUAUUGUGGUAACAGCCAAUUUUCGGAUGGCUGCAUUUGGAUUCCUCAGGACAGGUUCCACUGGAUUCCAAGGCAACUAUGGAUUACAGGACCAAGCCGCAGCACUUGGCUGGGUCCAGGAGAACAUUGCCCUGUUCGGAGGAGAUCCCAGAGGAGUGACGAUAGGUGCAGAGAGGAAUGGUGCCGACAUCGCCAGUCUUCAUCUCACCUCAUCGUUAGCUUCUUCACUCUUCCAAAGGGCUGUGUUUAUGGGUGGUUCAAUAUUCUCACCAGCUGCAGUGAUGACUGACUCUAAGGCACAGGAGCAGACUGCCUCUCUUGCUCGUGAACUAGGCUGCCCCUCUGAGCCUGAGCAGCUCAAAUCCUGUCUGAAAGCUAUAUCAGCCCAAGCCAUCAAUGCUGCCCAGACCAAGCUGUUGGCUGUGAGUGGUCCACUACAGGCCUGGUCUCCAGUGGUGGAUGGAGUGUUUGUUCGGGAACAACCCUUGUCCGCCCUCCGUAACGGCCGCUUCAACAGAAUGCAGCUCCUGCUGGGUUCCUCAGCUGAAGAUGGCCUCAUCAGCAGAGCCAAGAAAAUCAAGGAUUUUGAAGCGCUGCAGGGAAGAGCCAACAGCAAAACGGCCUUUUACGAGGCUCUGUCAAACUCUCUUGGAGGGAAUGAUGCCAAUGCAUUUGUGAAAGAAGCAGCCACAUGGUUUUACUCACUGCAACACUCUCCCACCCCCUCUGGCUACAACGUCUUCUCACGGGCCCUAGAAAAUGCCACAAGAGAUCUCUUUGUUAUCUGCCCCACUGUCAAUAUGGCUGGUUUCUGGGCAGCAAACAGUAGGUCCAAUGUGUUCAUGUACCAUUUGCCUGAGGAGACAGCCCAGAACAGUGCUGACCUGUCUGCGCCUCUGGAUGUCCAGUUCGUGUUCGGACUGCCGUUCCACCCACAGACCAAGCAGCUCUUCAAUUCCAGAGAGAGAACUCUGUCCAUACAGAUGAUGAGUUACAUAUCCAACUUUAUCAAGACUGGAAACCCCAAUCAGCCGUUCUCCCUGUCCGGAGCGUCCUUCAGUAAGGCCCUGCCCUCUUGGCCCCGUUACCUGCCUCACCCAAGCGGAGACAAUUACAAAGAGCUGACCGUUGCCCUCGGCAACCAAAAGAGCCUCAAGAGAGCCCAGUGCUCCUUCUGGUCCGACUACGUGCCAGCGCUGACUGCCUCCACCGGUUAGUACUCCACUCUCACACACGAGAAGGAAGCCACGGGUUUUGAAGCACCAACACCAGAACCAAAGCUAGUCCCUGAUUUCAGCACUUCAGUCACACAGAGCAAACCCAAAUCUGAGAAGGAUGCCUAUAAUUAA